AUGGUGGCUGCCGGCCCGGUCAGCCCAGCCCAGUCAGAGCAGGGUGGGUUCACCCGGAGUGAAAUCCGUCGGCUCUUAUCCGUUGGCUUCUCCUCCGCUUCCUGCCUCGACCUGCAGACGUCUGCCGCGGGUUCAGCACCACUGGAGCUGGACAGCGACUGCAUGGAGCCCCGUGCCGGCGCCGCCGCUCAGGAUUCCGGCGGCUUCCAGGGUCACCCGCUGCGGCACGCCGGCUCUGGAGGCCUCGGUAUGGCCUUGGAGGAGGAACUGGCCAUGCUCACCGGGGAGCGGGACGACGAGGAGGAGCUCCCGGACAUAGAGACGCCUGUCGUGGGGCACAACGCAGACCUACUGUCGCUCUUCCGCCAGAAGGAGAAAGACUUGGUUUUAGCUGCUAAACUCGGCAAAGCACUGCUGGAGAGAAACCAAGACCUGACCAAGCAAUAUGAGAAAAUGCACAAAGAUCUCAACGAGAAAUUAGAGCACUUGGAGCAGGAGAAGCACGAGUUACGUCGGCGCCUUGAGAAUCGAGAAGGGGAGUGGGAGGGUCGCGUAGCCGAGCUGGAGACGGAUGUCCAGCAGCUGCAGGGCGAGCUGGAACUCCACCAGGUCCAGCUGAGAGAGGCUGACAGGGACAAGACCAAGGCCAUCAGUGAGCUCUCCGAACAGAACCACAGACUGCUGGAGCAACUCAGUAGGGCUGCAGAGGUGGAGAAGCAGCUGUCCACUCAGGUCCAUUCAUUACGUGACGACUUCAGGGAGAAGAGCAUGUCUACCAGACAACACAUGACACGACUAGAGACUCUACAGGCUGAGCAAGGGCUAGAAAUUAAGAUGCUGUCCGAGAGGAAGAUGGAGCUGGAGCGCCGAGUGCACAUCAUGCUGGAGGAGAACGAGCUGCUGCAGAGCACAGUGGACGACUUCAGAGAGAGGACGCUGGUGUUGGAGAAGCAGUGUCAGGAGAAGGACCUACAGUUGCGGCAGAGCCAGCUGGAGCUCCAGGAGGUUCAGGUGUCCCACAGGCAGCUGACCUCUCGGCUGGAGGAGCUGUCAGAGGAGCACAGCCUCCACAGCCUCACCCCACACCCAUCCAGCCUGCUGUGUGAGAUAGAACAGAGCAUGGAGCAGGAGGAGCAGGAGCAAGAGAGGGAGCAGUUGCGUCUCCAGCUGUGGGAGGCCUACUGCGAGGUCCGCUCACUCUGCUCCCAUCUCCGGGGAAACGACAUCACCGACUCUGCGCUGUCCACCGAUUCUUCCAUGGACGAGUCCUCGGAGACGUCCUCUGCCAAGGAUGUGCCUACUGGCAGCCUCCACACCGGCCUUCUGGAGCUGCGGAGGCUGACACAGAACCUGCUGGAUGGCAAUGAGUCCACGGGCUCGCGGCGCAGCGAUGAGGAGGCUCUGGAGGAGCAGGUGAGGAAGCUGGGAGAAGAGCUGAGGGAGGUCAGAGAGCUGCACGAGGCGGAGCAGGACAAAACACGCAGCAGUGAAGGGGAGCUGCUGCAGCUGCACAAUCAGAUGGCGCUUCUCUCUGUAGAGAUGUGCUCUCUCAGGGAGGACAACGAGCGGAUCAGGGUGAUGGCUGAAGUGCGAGAACCCAGCGAGCAGCUCCAGAGUGCUAUCAGAGACAGAGACGACGCCAUAGCCAAAAAGAAAGCAGUGGAGAUGGAGCUGGCCAAAUGUAAAAUAGACAUCAUGUCUCUAAAUAGUCAACUCCUGGACGCCAUCCAGCAGAAGCUCAACCUGUCGCAGCAGCUGGAGGCCUGGCAGGAUGAUAUGCACAGAGUGAUUGACCAGCAGCUGAUGGACAAGCACCAGGACGAGUGGCGCUCGGCCCCAUCCUCCCUGUCGCAGGCCCACAGCAGUCAGUCCUCCAGGCGAGCUCACCGCAUGUCAGACCAGGACAAGAGACUUUUCUCUUUUUUCAAGAAGAACUGAGAACCUGUUGGACUGUCCCUGGGCGCAGCAGACAGACAGAGAGAGAUGACGGCGAGGGACGAGGAGGGAGAGACAUCAAAGAGCAGGGGUGACGACACAGCCAAAGACGGGCAGUGGCACACGUCGAGGUUUGGGAGGGGGGGGUCAUUUUGCACUUUAUCUGUCCCAUUACUCUUCUCCUUACUGAUUCACUGGCGACUGCUGACAGUGAGAGAUGGAAAUAUGAGAUCAGGAUUCCCCAGAGGCUUUGGCUUAAGCCCCUCUCGUAGAAAGAAAUCAGUCGGAACAGGACGUGAACAGGGUCACAAAGUUUACCUCCAAACAGGAAGGUUUCCUUGUAGUGCCUAUGACCAUCUCUACUAGCCCACUGCCAACUCUGUAGAGAGGGGAACACAUGUACUCACUCUCAUCGUAUGCAUCCCAGUGAUCAGGCUUAUGUGUCUGGGGGAAAGACGGGUGGAUUCCUGGGACAGAGUGGGUUUAUGGGAAAAGAUGAGGACGACGAUCAGAGCGGUGAAGCUGCAGCCAAUCAACGCAAUCGCUCAGGUUUAUUCAUUUGUCCAGGGGAUGUUCGGAACAUGAAGCAACAGCUUUACAUAUCAGGACCAUCGCAUAGUGUAUAUUUGAUAAAACAUAAAUGACAUUAUUUUCUUUAAAGACAGCCAUGCAGAGAGUUUUACCAUGUUUUAAUGUCCCAGACCCAAACUUUAAAGAUGAGGAAAACUUGAAAGGGACACUCCAGAAAUGUACUUCUACAAAGAGAUAUUGAAACUGCACUAAACAAUAUUUUUAUAUCAGCAAUAGAUCAGAGCUAUAUUUAAUGUAAAUGUGAAAGGGGCCACUGAUUUUCUCUCAUCCAUACAUUAUCUUUACCGCUUAACCUUCGUGGGCUGUGGGGAGACUGGAGCCAGUCACUGGUGACGUGGGGCGAGAGGCGGGUCCACCCUGGACAGGCCACCAGUGUACCGCAGAGCUGACUCAGGGCGAUUUAUUUUAUUAUUUUACAGCUACGUGUUCUCACCACUCUCUUUCACCCAGAUUUCAGCAGCAGGCAGCUCCAAUAAACCCACUGUAUGUUAGAUUUCCAGCCCUAAGCAGAAGUCAGUGACCCGCUGGUGAACAGAGUGAAGUGUGAUUUUGAUUCUCAAACUUGUUUGGCGGGUGAGAAACACGACUCCAACAGCUUUUAAAUCAGCAGCAGAGGCUGAGAUAUCCUCUAUUUUAGUCCUCAGUAUCAGGCUCUAUGGGAAACAUGAGAUCCUACAUAUCCCAUAAUGCAACCGAUAAUGCACAUCAUGUUACGCAAACCCAAUUUUAGAUUUGUUUGUUCCUAUCACCUUUAUCAAGUUUCAUGUUUUAUUAAAGUAAAACAAUCUAGUGUGAGCAGGGACACAGGAUCCUUGAACUAAGUGAAUGUAUGAAAACCAGCACUUUUAUUUAAAUGUGUCGCACACGAGGCCUUCAUGUUCAUCUCUGACAUCUGAAUAAACCUGUGGGUGGCUCAGCUGGUACCUUCUUCUACAGUUCACAUGGAAUUUAAUUCACAUUUAAACAUGAAUGCUUUUUCAAAGAAAAGUCUGGCAUUGUCCUCAUGAUGUCAAUCAUCUUCCUAGUCGACCAAAUUGUUAAAAAUGUUUACACAUCAGCUUGAGAUGGAGGCAGAACUACAGCUCAUCAAUUCUCAAUCAAGUCGAUCAGUCGGUCUACAAUAACCUGUAGGACUUCAUGUCAGUGAACAGAAACUUCCUCUGCAGUGCUCAAACAUCUGAGCUGCGCCGGUUCACCUCUAAUAGAGAAGCUCUACCUCCAUUCUCGUUGCUUCAAUACUUCAUUGGCACUUUGGUUUCUUAGUUGCCGUCUUCCGUCUUACGUGACAUAUCUGUUACUCCAUUGGUUAAACUUCUAUGUUUCGACCUGAGAUCUCUAUCGAGUGUGAACGACUUACAGUGUGGCACAGUGUCUGUCUGCGUUUGGACUCAUGUCUGACGCAACUGUGCAAACCUAUGCAGAUGUCUUCUCGUCAUUUCAGCUGGUUGUUGGGAAGGAUCAACCCAAAGAAUGAUUUUUUUUACAAUAAGUCGAAUAGGUUUGGAUGAAAUCGAUAUAUUUAUAAAAAAAAUGCGUCCAUUUUGAAUGAAAUUCUUUUUUUUAGAAAGAAAUAUACCUGUACAUUGUUGUUUGUAUAGACUCCUUUUACAUGUGUGUUCCAACAGUGAGCAAGGGUUCCACUGGUGAUCACUCAUACAUGUGUUCAUUUGACUGUGUG